UCAACGGCCGUCGUUCGAAAGGACCAUGAACGUUGCCUCCGCCCACCCUUUGCAGUCCGCCCUCCUCUGCCUCCUCCGCCAGCGCAAGCGCAUCCGAUCCUUCGACCAAAUCCACGCUCUGCUCCUCACGUCCGGCGUCACCAAGGACUCCUUCGUGGCCGCCGAGGUCGCCGCCCUUCUUCCUGCUUUUGUGGCUCCUCCCGCGGCCUACUCAGCCGUCAAGCACAUCCACGGCGUCCGCCGCUACCAGUUCCCCCUGCUCUUCAACUCUUUGAUCUCCGGCUAUGCCAGGAGCAAGCACCCACACCUGGGCAUCGUCGCGUAUAAGCUUAUGCUCGCUGACAGCGUCUUUCCCGAUAGGUACACCUUCCCGAUCGUUCUGAAAUCUUGCAUCAAGUUCUCGGGGAUCGGCGAAGCCAGGCAGCUUCAAGGUGCCGCAGUUAAGCUGCGGUUCUCGUGCGAUCUGUUUGUCCAGAAUGCACUUGUUCACGUAUAUGCAGUGUGUGAGGAAUAUGGUGAUGCAGGUCUCCUGUUUGACGAAAUGCCCAUUAAAGACGCGGUCUCCUGGACCAGCUUGAUCUCGGGAUAUGUGAAAGGUGGAUUAUUCGGAAAAGCUCUGCAAUUGUUUUCUCUGAUGGAUGUGGAGCCGAACAUUGCAACUCUAGUUAGCAUCAUCGUCGCCUGUGGGAGAUUGGGGGCUUUGAAUGUGGGCAGGGCAAUACAUGCAUUGAUAUUGAAGCAUGACUAUGGGUUGAGUCUGGUUGCUGGAAAUGCCCUUUUGGAUAUGUACUUGAAGUGCGAGUGUUUGGAGGAGGCCAGACAGAUCUUUGAUGAACUUCCUGAAAGGGACAUAGUUUCAUGGACUAGUUUUAUUAGUGGGUUAGUGCAAUGCAAGCUUCCCAAGGAAGCUAUGGAUGUUUUCAAUUCCAUGCAGGCUUCUGGAGUGGAGCCAGACAAUGUCACUCUAUGUAGUGUUCUGUCAGCUUGUGCGAGCUUGGGGGCAUUGUCUUCUGGGAGAUGGGUCCAUGAGUACAUAGAGCGAAAGGGCAUUCAGUGGGAUGUUCAUCUAGGGACCGCAAUGGUUGACAUGUACUCUAAGUGUGGAUGCGUAGAUAUGGCAGUGCACAGCUUUCAUGAGAUGCCACAUAAGAAUGUUACCUCGUGGAAUGCAUUGCUUGGUGCCCUAGCCACUCAUGGUCAUGGUAAUGAAGCUCUCAAGUACUUCGAACAAAUGGCGGGAGUUGGUGUCAUUCCUAAUGAGGUUACCUUUGUAGCUAUUCUUUGUGCAUGUUGUCAUUCCGGCUUAGUAAAAGAGGGUUGUCAUAUGUUUGAUUUGAUGACUAAAUCCUACAAACUUGUGCCAUGGAUAGAACACUAUGGAUGCAUGGUUGAUUUGCUUGGUAGAGCUGGGUUCAUAUCAGAAGCUUAUGGACUUGUUAGAUCCAUGCCAAUUAGAGCUGACACUUAUGUAUGGGGAGCUUUACUGAGCGCUUGCAAAGCUCAUGGAAAUGUGGAACUUUCUCAAGAAAUCUUAUGCCACCUUCUUGAGCUGGAGCCUUCUGACAGCGGCGUGUAUGUGCUCCUCUCUAACAUAUUUGCUGCAGAUUGUAGGUGGGCAGAUGUAACAAGGGUGAGGAGGCUGAUGAGGCAGAGCAGUGUAAAGAAAGAAACAGGAACCAGUAUUGUCGAGGUGAAUGGUGAAGCUCAUGAGUUUAUAGUUGGAGAGUUUCUCCACCCAUUGAAGGAGGACAUUUUGCUAGCCUUGUGUACUCUAGAUAAACAAUUGCAACAUGGUGAACUAUAGCAGGGAUUCAAAACUAGUGGAAGGUGGUGCAGGCUCUCGAAAACUCUUUCCAGGUUUGACUCAAGUAACUUGCACCUUCAGCACAACAAGGGCAACAGAAGAUAAACAGAGCUCACAGUCGACUAUAUUCCACGAAUGUAUCAUGGUUCAAGUCUGCUGAUAUAAGCAUUCAAAAGAAAGAAGAUAAGCACAAAGUUAUGUCUACUGAAGCUGGAAGUCCUGUAAAAAAUUUAUGCAAGUGGGAGUUGAUGGGUUAUUGAAAGUUGGGCAAUCGACAAGCUGAUGUCCCAAAUAUUUGGGUAUGCAUUGCCAGGAAAGAAGGAUGCAGUGCUAUAAGGGCAUGAUGUACAAGUAUAUAAGGCAAUUGAUGUUUUUAUAUUCUUCUUACAGGAAUAAGCAAGGUAGGUCAAGAUUGUCAUGGAAGAAAUGUGAAACAUAUUCUAUUUAUAGAUUGAAGAGCUAGGCCUUGUAUACGUUUUAAAAUCCUGAUCUAGUUUCCCUACACUAUUACCUUUCAGGGUUGAACAACCUACAAAUUGUUUUAUUGAGGCCAAGAAAGAGGUAAUGAUGGAGGCAUUGGGAAAUAAUGGAUAAUUCUAUGUUCACAGACUUUGGUCAUGAAACUAAGCCGCAGCCUGCUCAUGUUGUCCUAGGCUUAUGCACCGCUCAUAGUUUCUGAACCAUAAUUCAUGUCUGACAUUUGGCAAACAGUGUUUGGUAUCAACAGGAUGCUUUUGCAUUUUACUCUUUAGAGGAUCUAGGUAGAUGCUGUUGCAUUUGUGUACUCUUUAGUGAGUUUAGGUAGAUGCUUUUGCAUUUGUGUUCUUUAUAGGAUCUGGAUAUGCACAAAGCACAUCCCAAUUUGGAAAGCACAGUGCAAUUCCAAAUGAUGGUUCCCUGGACAUUGAGUCAGGCACUAUAUAUAUGUCUGGUGAACUAAGUUAGAUAAUUUGCAUGAGUUAGUUGAACCCUAUUAUUGUUCUGAUGUACCUUCUUCCACCACAUCCAUUCUCCCUCUGGCAGUUGAAGAACAUCGCAGCUACAGGAUCCCCUAGGUUGUAAACUGCUGCAAAAUCCCUUGUGCUGAAGUUUUGUCUCCAUCCAGGCGCAUAGAUGGAUUGGCGGACGGACUGCCGGAACAACACAAACACGAACCGGUGGAUUCCAGCGGUCGGCCGUGGACUCUCAUAGGAGACAAUUUCAUUGCCUAAAACACAAGAUCAGAAUUCAGAACAAUUUUUAUUGGUAAAAGAUGACAGAUUUAUACUCAGUGAGCUUGAUUCUUGGGCUUUGAAAUAUUUAUCUCUAACUUGCUCAGUAAGAAUUUUAGUUUUCGUCGACA